AAACAGGGUUGCACGUUCCCACCUACUCAUUCGCGUUCAACUAUAUGUGACUAUUGCGCAAUAUAAGCAGUUAUUUCCUAAUUACUGGACGUUAACCGUAGCCUACGGCUGUGUGACGUUCAUCGCAGGUUUUGAAAACAUCCUAGCCGUUCGUUGCCUGUCCUCUCCCAGAAAAGCCUAGCAAAACAUGCAAGCUUAGUUCUCAUUGGCUGAGCAGAGUCAUGUGACCGCUUGAGCUCCAUCGAGCUUAUAAGGUCUACGUCUGCUGGAUAGACUGUAGAUAGGCCUUGCUUGGAAAAAUAGUACCAUCAACAGCCCAGGGUGGGUUCUUCCAAUGAAAAAGUGGCAGUGCUGCACACUGUGAGCUGAUUGGCUGCCCUGGCACUAAGCAAACUGAGAGAAAGCCUGCAGCCCAGGGAUUAGAGCCUCAGAUGAUAUAGGCCUGUCUACAGCUGUCCUUCCAUAAUGGUUGUUCCUGAAACUCAGGACAAAAUGUACUACCCUCCUGAUGACCUGCAGAGGGAUGCUCAUGUGCCUGAGUUUAACUCUUAUCUGGCACUGUACAGAAAGUCUCUUGAGAAUCCAGAAGCUUUCUGGAAAGAGGUUGCUGAUGAGUUCUACUGGAAGAAGCCAGCAACAGGCCCAAUGCUGCAGUACAAUUUUAAUGUGACAAGAGGGAACAUAUAUAUCAAAUGCAUGGAAGGGGCCAAAACCAACAUGUGCUAUAACAUCCUGGACAGACAUGUGAGGGAGAGGAACCUUGGUGAAAAGGUUGCCUAUUACUGGGAGGGAAACUCACCUGACCACCACAUGACCAUCACCUACAGUCAGCUCCUGAGUCAAGUCUGCCGCUGUGCUAAUGUCCUCAAGAAAAUGGGUGUGAAAAAGGGAGACAGAGUGUCUAUCUACCUUCCCAUGAUCCCAGAGCUGGUUUACACUAUGCUGGCCUGUGCCAGGAUAGGUGCUGUUCACUCCAUCGUGUUUGCCGGUUUCUCCUCCGAGUCUCUGUGUGAGAGGAUUAUGGAUGCCCAGAGCAGCAUCCUGGUGACAGCAGAUGGUGUGUACAGAGGAGAUAAGCUGAUCAACCUGAAACAGAUUGUGGACGAGGCUCUGAAGAAGUGCAGGGAAAAAGCGCCACCUGGCGUCACUAAAUGCCUUGUCGUCAGGCACUAUACACUGAGGAUAAAAAGUGGAGCUGCAUGCAACAAACUGCAGACUCCCUGGAACUCAGAGUGUGAUGUGUGGUGGGAUGAGGAGAUGAGAGACUCUCCUGAAGAGUGUGAACCCGAGUGGCUGGACGCUGAGGACCCACUGUUCAUCCUCUACACCAGCGGCUCCACUGGCAAGCCCAAGGGUAUUCUCCACUCUGUUGCUGGGUAUCUGCUCUUUACAUCACUGACCUUCAAGUACGUUUUUGAUUAUCACCAUGACGACGUGUACUGGUGCACAGCUGACAUCGGCUGGAUCACCGGCCACUCCUACAUCACCUACGGCCCACUGGCAAACGGCGCUACGAGUGUUCUAUUUGAAGGUAUUCCAGUACACCCUCAUGUUGGUCGGUUCUGGGAGGUAAUUGAAAAGUACAAAGUCACCAAGUUCUACACAGCUCCUACAGCCAUCCGUCUGCUGAUGAAGUAUGGACACGAACCACUGCAGAAGUAUGACCUCUCCAGCCUGAGGAUUCUGGGUACUGUGGGUGAGCCGAUCAACCCUGAGGCGUGGCAGUGGUACCACGAGGUGGUUGGUCGGGGAAGAUGUCCCAUAGUCGACACUUUCUGGCAGACAGAGACGGGAGGUCAUGUUUUGACUCCUCUGCCUGCUGCCACACCACUGAAACCAGGCUCUGCUACUUUUCCUUUCUUUGGAGUGGAGCCAACCAUCCUCAAUGAACACGGAGAGGAACUGGAAGGUGAGGCCGAGGGUUAUCUGGUUUUCAGGAGGCCCUGGCCUGGAUUAAUGCGCACUGUGUACAGAGACCAGGAGCGCUUCGAGAGCACCUACUUCAGGAAAUUCCCAGGAUUUUAUGUGACUGGUGAUGGCUGCAGGCGGGAUAAAGAUGGCUAUUACUGGAUCACAGGCAGAAUAGACGACAUGCUGAACGUGUCAGGCCACCUGAUGAGCACAGCUGAAGUGGAGGCAGUUCUGAUGGAGCACCCAGCUGUGGUGGAGGCUGCAGUGGUGAGCCGGCCUCACAAGGUGAAGGGCGAGUGUCUCUACUGCUUCAUCACCCUCAAUGACAGCCUGGAGUUUAGCCACACAGUGGUGGAAGGGCUCAAAAGACUGGUGAGAGAGAAAAUCGGACCAAUCGCCACGCCAGACUUCAUUCAGAACGCUCCAGCACUCCCCAAAACUCGCUCAGGGAAGAUCAUGAGGCGAAUCCUCCGACAGAUCGCCCGCAAUGAGAAGGACCUUGGCGACCUUUCAACCCUGGCUGACCCAAAGGUGGUGGAGAUUCUCUUUAGCCACAGAUGUGAAGCAGCGGCCUGAACAAACACCUCUCUUCUAACUAUGCAACAGUACAGAUGAGGACAAUUACAAACUGCUGGUUCUGGAUCAACGUCUGAGUGUUUGUGUGUACCAUUUGGGACUGAAUGAAGGAGAUGGGGGCGGGGAUUAAGACACUUGAAAAAAAUCUAAUUAAAUCAAUGGUGGCUUCAUAUGGGGCUGUUACCAGCUUUAUAAUAUCUUUUAUGCAUCACAGUGCAUCUUUCUUCUACUUCUAGUCUUUCAAUAGAAAAGUCAGUGUUGUACAGCUUGUAUUUGACUGACUGAUGUGUAUUUUCAUUCUGGCACAUUAUGAUCUGAGAUUAAAGUGUCUAAUCUGUUUCUUGCCUUUGUCCUUCUACAUCCAAGCACAGCAGCUGUUCAACGCCCUCAUGUGGCAGGAAUCACGCUCUGCAGCUGCAGUCUGAUGGCUUUACUGUUUUCUCUAAAAGCCUUUUUAUCCUCCUGCUGAGGCAUUCUGCCUUUUGUCAUUUAAUGAUGCACGGAGCACACGAACACAGCUUUGAUGAUGUGAUCAGUGCAGCAGGGAGCAGCGAUUAUGGAAAACAGACAAGGAGGGAGGCUGUUUCAUCUUAAGUGCACUGGAUUCUUUUGAAAUUACAAGCAUUACUGAUGUUGAAAAGGACAUAAAAGGAGCAAUAAACUGUUUUUUAAGACAUUAGAUUGCAGCAGGUUGUUAUGAAAGUAGCUCAGAUGGACAUCUCUGUUAUCUUAUUGUUAACACUCGGCCACAUACGGUCAGUAGACUUCCUUUGUUGCUACCUCUACACCACUCCAUGUCGCUUGUGUGUGUAGGUGGGGACGGUGAGGAGAGAAGAGCCUAGAAACACAGGGACGGGCGAUGUUAUAUCAUCACCCCCAGCAGCAGAGAAGUGGUUACCAUGACAACCUCUUCAUCCCCAUCACCCUCUACCACUACCACUUCUUUAGCUGCUUCCAUCUCCUCCUCAUCUUGUGUCUCCCUUAGCCUCUGGUCACAACAGCAGUCCGCAGAUGUUUUGUAACCUGACAACGCUGACCAGGAAAAAAGUUUUAGCUACCAAAUUUGUGUAUAUGAUUUUCUGAUUUGGUUUGUAAUCAUUGCUUGUGAAUUACUGAGUAACUUGGGGUAGGUGGGGACCUUUUACACAUCUGUGGCCAGGGAGCCUCAUCUCAUAAUCUGUCCAUUCAUAGGAGAGUCCAGCAGUUAGAAAUGUAAGGGGUAAUAUUGUAGAUAAAUUAUUUACAAAUGUGUAUGGAGAGUUGUGAACCUGUAUCUCAAGAUGUGUGUAGGCUACUCAGACUUCUGAGAUCUGCAAAUAUGCAUUCAUAUUUGGGAAUGCAUACUAUGUUUCUUCACAUCUCACGUUUCCUAUGUUCAGAACAUGUUUUCUUUGUAGGAUGUACCGUCUGACUCUUCGCCAGCUUGAGUGACGGCCCUGUUUGUUUACACCCAGGUUCAAACGGUCAUCAUCGUCCUCCUCACAAUGGGACUGUCUGUUCACUCAUACAAUAGUGUGUUUCUUCUGGAGCUAAAAUCCCUUUAACAAAACUUGACAUCCAACUUCUGCCAUGCUGUUUCCCCAGCUGGAACACACUGUUAGCAGCCACUGCUCUGGUCUUUGGGCCCUGGCAGCAGGACGGGCUUUUUGUCACAUGAAUAAUGAUGUAACAGAAAGUGAGGACAAGUGAAAGGCCUCCAUGCAAAACUCUCACUCAAUAUUAAUUCUCCUCAGUGCCAAAGCUUUUGCCUGAGCUGAGAGGCUUUUUGUAUUGUUGACAUGACAACCUCUCAGCUAAUGGCACAGCCAGGCCCAUUGUGUCGCCCAUUGUCUGUUUGAGGCCUUUGUACACAGCUGCAGGCGUGUGCAAUUUGGGUCUAAUAUUUGACAGAUUGCAUGCAGAACAAGGCAGCGUGGAGCAUCAGAAAGGUUAAAUCUGUCAGCAGGACACAAGGAGAAUGAGAAGCAGUUUAGCAAAAUUGCUUAAAAUGUCUCUUUAUGCAUCUCAGGCUGCACAUGCAGGUUUUUAACUGUCUUGACUGCAGGUCACUUUAUUUCUGAUACAUUCAACCAGUGAACAAAAACAACGAUCCAUUAACCUUCCACAGAGGAUUUGCCUAUUCCUCAUGGUUUGUUAAUGUCUUUUGAUGCGUAUUCAUGUUUACUGCUCAGAAAUAUAAGUCAUUACAGAAGGUGACAUUUUAGGCAACAAAGCUGUAAAUCAGUAAUUUGACUAGUGUCACCUACUGAUGGAUUUUAAGAGCCAAAUCAAAAGACAAAACAAGUUACAGUGAAGGAUUUACACAAGCCAAAGGCAUUUUUGCAGCCUGUCAAGCCAAAACAGUUGGAAGGUGUAUAAAACGUUAGUCAGUAAAUCCUUCUUUUAAAACGUUUUUUAAAUGUCAUUUUUGGCUUUUACUGGUGAUAGUGAAGAAGCCGACAGGGCACAGAAGGAAAAAGACAGGAGUAUGACGUGCACAAAGGUCACUGAUUGGAAGCAAACCAAGGACGCUGCAGCUGCCUACUAGCAAAUAAUUGGUAAGGGAUGGUUCUUAUUUACAGGAAAUAGAAAUAAUUUUUAAAAAAUCCAAAGUGAAAAGGGGCAUCCUGGCUAUAAUAUUUUAAAAAUUAGCACUAAGAAAUUCCAUACACUGGCUAAAGCCAGAAACAACAACUGCUAAUUUUAGAGUUUAAAAAAGGUCAACCAUUUACACUGACGCCCAGUGUUCAGAUUUACUGUAGCUGUCAGCUGAGACAGCAGCUGCAAAACGCCAGAAAACAAGGCAUCAAGGUUCGUCUCAUCCAUCCCUUAUCUAUCCCACAGAAGAGGGUCACAGAGGGGCAGCUGGAGCCAAUCCCAGCUGACAUUGGGCGAGAGGCAUGGUAUACCCUGGAAGGUCGCCAGUUUAUCAC